AUGUGUAAUAAAUCGUUUUCGCGCUCAGAUAACCUCUCCCGACACAGGAAAACAUGUAAAUACAGAAAUGUGAAUAGUGAUAGUGAGCAUAAUGGGGAUUAUUAUAUUCCCAAAAAAAGAUUAAGACCACUUGGAUUGGAAGUGAUAGAUGCCAGUGUUUCCAAAUUAACACAUGCGUUUAAAAACAGAAUCGCAUCUUAUCGUUUUUAUAGUAAUAAGAAAAUGGAUUAUCAUGGAUUUUUAAAUGAUGUUAAACCCAAAGUUUUGAACAUCUUGAAGGAAUAUCUACAUCUGCACAAUAUCAUAAAGGUAAAUUUUGAAAUAUUUAGUCUUUAUCUAAAACCUGAUAGUAGCCUAUCAGAUAUCAAGUCCAUGAACACGUGCAAUACAAUUAUAUCUAUUAGCACUGAGAUGGAAGAAACAUUUGAUGAUUUUAAGAAAGCACUGAUGACGCAAGCCUCAGAAUUUCAAGAAAAAGAUUCAAAUUGGGCAUUACAGGAAAUAAUGUUUUUAGAUGUUAACAUAAACAAAUUUAACUCUAUUUCUGCAUCAACAUAUAUUCGUCUCCCAAUACCCAUAGUAAGAAAACAUGCUAUUUUAAAUAUCGAAAACAGAGAUAAUAAGUGUUUUGCGUGGAGUGUUAACGCAGCUAUUUUUCCUCCCGUUGGCAACCCAAGCAAACCAGAAUCAUAUCCACCGUAUGAUACUUUGUUAAAUUUUGAAGGGAUUGACUUUCCGAUGAAACUGAAAGAUAUUAAACAGUUUGAGACCCUUAAUAAUAUUUCAGUAAAUGUUUAUGGGCUAGAAUCCAAUUUCGUAAAUAAUAAAAGGCAAUAUGAAAUAAUUGGCCCACUUUACUUUACAAGUAAUCGUCAUGCCACUCAUGUAAACCUUUUGCUUAUAACAAAUGAUAAACAAAGUCAUUAUUGUCUGAUUCUAGACUUGGUCAGACUUGUAAAAAGUCAAAAAACAAAAAAGACUCGCAAAGAAUAUUUAUGUGAUGGAUGUCUACAAUUCUUUACCAAAGAAGAAAAGCUCAAUAAUCACCAAAAGAGCGACUGUUUACAUAUUUACACAGAACUUCCCACAUCAAGUCCUAAGAUAAAUAAGUUUGGCGAAAUGGUGCCAGAAAAUAUACUAAAAUUUAUCAACAUUCAAAAAAUGUUGCCUGUACCAUUUGUUGUGUAUGCGGACUUUGAAAGUUUGCUUAAGCCCAUAGAUUAUGCUGAACCUUUUAAUGGAAACUCAUAUUCAAUCAAAACAGCUGAACACCAAGCAUAUUCGUUUGCAUUUUACCUUAAAUGCAACUAUGAUGAUUCACUUUCAAAACUAAUAAAAUAUGAAGGAGAGGAUGCUCCCAAAGUAUUUAUACAGAAACUAGAGUGUUUAGUAAAUGAACUAUACACGAAUCACCUUAAACAUAUUAAACCAAUGUUACCGUUAACAAAAGAAGAAUUUGAAAAACAUGUGAGCGCUACUGAAUGUUACUUGUGUAAAAAACCCUUUAAUCCUUUUAAUCAUAAAGUAAGAGAUCAUCAUCAUUUAACUUCAAAAUAUCUUGGGCCAGCUCAUAAUUCCUGUAAUAUAAAUUACAAACUCUCAAAUUCAAUACCUGUAUUUUUACACAAUAUGAGCAAUUAUGACUGUCAUCUAUUUGUUAAAGAGCUUUCAACAGCUGGUGAAAAAGUUUCAGUAGUUGCCCAGACCAAAGAAAAAUAUAUAACAAUUUCUAAAUCAAUAUUGGUAGAAAAGGACCCACACAAAUAUAUUUAUUUGAAAUUUGUUGAUUCAUACAGAUUUUUGGCGAAAUCUUUAGAUACUCUGAGCGCAACUUUAAACUCAGAGCAAUGUAUAGAAAUUAGAAAGUAUUUCCCAGAUACUAAACAAUUUGAACUUGUGAGACGCAAGGGUGUUUUUCCUUAUUCAUAUAUGGAUGGAUUUGACAAACUCAAAGAAAAAACACUACCGCCCAAAGAAAAUUUUUACAAUAAUCUAACUAACCAAGACAUUUCUGAUGACGAUUAUGCAAGAGCAAUUGAUGUAUGGAACACAUUUGAUUGUAAAUCUAUUAGUGACUAUGCUAUGUUGUACCUAAUCUCAGAUGUCUUAUUAUUAGCUGACGUGUUUGAGAACUUUAGAAACAUAUGUCACAAAGAAUACAAUUUAGAUCCUUGUCACUACCUAACAGCUCCUGCACUAAGUUGGGAUGCCAUGUUAAGAUACACCAAAAUUGAACUGGAGCUUCUUACCGACAUUGACAUGGUACACUUUUUAAAGAAAGGAGUACGAGGAGGUGUGGCACAAUGUUGUAAAAGAGAAGCAGUGGCAAAUAAUCAUUAUGUACCCAACUUUGAUCCUCAACAACCCGAGUCUUACAUCAUGUAUCUAGAUGCCACAAAUUUAUAUGGUGCUGCCAUGUGUCAAUAUCUUCCAUAUGGACAUUUCAAAUGGGUAACGGAUGUUGAAAACUUUAACUGUUUUUCGGUGAAAGAUGAUGCGGAUAAAGGGUAUGUGUUGGAAGUAGAUUUGGAAUAUCCAGCUCAUUUACAUUCUGCACAUAAUGAUAUGCCAUUCUGCCCCGAAAGCAUGGUACCACCAGGAAGCAAAUAUCCUAAACUUAUACCAAAUCUCAACAAUAAAACUAAAUACGUCAUUCAUUAUCGCAAUCUUAAACAGUGUCUUAAGUAUGGUCUGGUACUAAAAAGGAUUCAUCGUAUACUAGAGUUUUCGCAAUCACCAUGGCUAAAAAAAUAUAUUGACCUAAACACAUCACUUAGAAACAAAGCCAAAAACGAGUUUGAGCGGGAUCUCUUUAAAUUGCUAAAUAAUGCGAUAUUCGGAAAAACUUUAGAGAAUCUCGAAAAAAGAAAGGAUAUCCGCCUUUGUACUCGGUGGGAAACCAAAACAAAUUCGUUGGGAGCCAGGGCACUUAUCUCGAAACCAGAAUUCAAGUCUUGUUCUGUGUUUAAUGAAAAUUUGGUUGCGGUUCAUUUGGGUAAAACCAAAAUAGUUUACGAUAAGCCUCUCUAUGUUGGAUUUACAAUUUUAGAUUUAUCAAAAAUUGUGAUAUAUGAUUUUUACUAUGGAUACAUCAAAAAGAAGUAUGGAGAAGCUGCAAACUUGUUAUACACAGACACAGACUCCUUGAUUAUGGAGAUAUAUACCCCCAAUUUCUAUGCGGAUAUGAAAAGAAAUUUAGAACAUUUCGACACCUCCAACUAUCCGACUUAUAAUAUUCACGGGAUACCGAAAACCCCUUCAAUAUUAGGAAAAAUGAAAGAUGAAUUUGCAUCUAUACCCAUUAAAUGUUUUUAUGGUACAGGUGCUAAAGCUUAUUGUAUAGAAGCAAAUGAACUAAUAAAAAAAGCAAAAGGCAUUUCAAAACACAUAACCAAAACACAACUGCAAAUGAGUGAUUACGUUCUGUUAGUAAAAAAAGGUGGUGUAAUAUUUAGAAAAAUGUAUGUAUUUGUGUCUAAUUUACACACCAUAUAUACAGAACUUAGAAAUAAAGUUGCACUAUCUGCUAAGGAUGACAAACGCUAUGUUAUAAACGCUUCUGUGGUAACAAAUUUAAUUAUCUAUCGAACUUGCUAUGUAACACUUGGAUAUAAUAAAAGCGAUUGUUCUCAACUGGGAAAUAAAGAUAAUAACGUAACUCAUCACUACGAAAAAAUUGUUCAGCCUUAUGCAGAUGUCGUAUCAAUGGUAAAGUCCCUCCUCGAUUUACUUCUGCCGACGUUUAUUUGUCUAAUGGCGGGAUCUUGGUCUGAUAAACAUGGGAGAAAACCAGUUUUGUUGGUUACUUUAGGAGGUAUAGCUUUCAGUUGUGCGCUAACCAUAUUAUACUGCUUAUUUGAAAAUUUAUCUCCAUGGAUAUUUUUGAUCACUGCAAUACCAACCAUGAUAACAGGCAAUAACACUACAUUUUUUGCCAUGGCACUCUCCUACAUAUCUGAUACUUCGACAAGGGAAACCAGAGGCUUAAGGACGAAAAUGAAAAACCAGCUAAGUUAAACUUAUUUAAAGAAAUUAUUCAAACUACCAUUAAAAAACGGGAAAACUAUAAUAGAGCCAUAAUCAUUCUAACAAUUACGUCUAUUAUAAUUUACAUUUUUCUAACACAUGCAGAUACAAAUACGCGAUAUAUCUUCCUUCGUGGAAAACUGAAUUGGACAUUUACAAAGUACAAUCUUUAUAAUAGUGUUUGUAUGUUAAUUUGGGCUGCAGGUACCAUGGCUGGAAGUUAUAUUCUUCAAAGGAAGUUUCAUGUUAAGGAUUCCAUACUUGCUCUGAUAGGGUUGGUAUCGAUGUUAAGUUGCGUCAUUUUGCAGUUUCUUGCAACCAAUGAUACGAUGAUUUAUAUUGCUGGUGCUUCAAAAUGUAUGGGAGGACUGGUCGCUCCCAUGCUGCGAGCUAAUAUAUCCCGCUUAGUACCAACCGAUGAAGUUGGUAAGAUAUUCGCAAUGGUCGUAGGAGCUGGAGCUCUGGUUUCUGCUGCUUUAACACCUGUAUAUACAUUAGUAUAUAAUAAUACGAUCUACAUUAACUCUGCGUUAUAUAAUCUGCUUUCCAUUUCUUUAUUGGCAAUAACCAUUACUUUAGUACUAUCAGUAAUGUGGUUGGAACAAAAAUCUCAAAUAUAUACACCUGAAGUUCAAAUUGUUGAAGAAGAUAUAAAUGGAUGCUAGUUUUAAUAAUGUGAUAGUCCCAGAAAGGGUUAAACUAAUUUAUAUUUUAUUACACCAAAGUUUUAUUAAAGAAUUGUUUUUU